UGUUCAUGGCGGAUCUCAUUCCCAUGGUAAGUUUGCCAGCUGUUUUUCAGUUAUAAAAUCCAACAGUUGAUAUAUGUAGUGAAAUUAUAAAACUUAAAUUGCAAUAGUUUUUAAUGUCAAUUUCUUUAUUAUUAUUAUUCUAUCAGGUCAGUUAUGGCGCUGCUUCCUCUGCCUUUACAAAGAAACUGAAAUAUCCUUCUUUCCUACGAACUGUGCAUUCCAAUAAAGAAAUCAUAGGAGUGAUUGUUGAGAUCAUUCUGCACUUCAGAUGGCGCUGGGUUGCUUUCCUUAACAGUGACAAUGAUUUUGGCAAAGAUGGCCUGGAACUGUUCAUAAAGAGGAUUGAGAACACUAACAUCUGCCUAGCGUACACUAAAAGCAUCAACGAUAAUACAAAUGCUUUCCAAAUGUUCGAACAAAUACAGGCACAGAAGAUCAGUGUCAUUAUUGUUUUUACUACAAAAUUGACUGCUGAAGCCCUCAUUGAGUCAGCAAUACAAAUUAAUAUCACAGACAAGGUGUGGGUAGCUGGGGACACAUGGUCCUUAAACGAAAGGCUCCCCAAGGUGAAAGGAAUAAAAAACAUUGGAACUGUAAUUGGCGUGUCUCAGCCAGUUGUGACAAUACCUGGUUUCAAUGAUUUCAUCUCUGCUUCCAAAAGCCAGACUCAAUGUGAAAAAAAAGAACAGAAUAGGUUUUGUAAUCAGGAUUGCAACUGCAGUAGCCUGACCCCAGAAGAUAUCCUUGCUGUGGAUCCAUCUUUCUCUUUUCCUGUCUAUUCUGCUGUAUAUGCCAUCGCUCAUGCCUUACACAACACACUGCAAUGUGGAUCUGGCAGAUGUGAUGGAAAUAUUACAGUGUACCCAUAUAUGGUAAGUAUACAGAUUCAGUAAUAAUAAUGAUUAGAUCAAAUCCACAAUCAGAUCUUUUCACAUUUACUAUUGUGACAGCUUUAACCCUUUAGAUAAUCCUGUAAUGACUCAAAGCACUGGUCUAACAUGUUUUGUCUUCACAUAAAUAUCAUCUGUAACAUAUCAUACAAAACAGUUUCUGAUACAAAAUCUAUGAUGUUCACAAAAAAAGUUGCAUCACACAGCAAUGUUUCCCCCCUAAUAGUAAUAUUUUAACCAUCUAUUUGAUCAGUGUCAAAUAAAAAGUAGAACUGGUCUGAACUUUGUGCUCCCACACCAGGUUCUAGCACAGCUGAAGAAGUCAAACUU